UCUAUCAGAUUCAGAACAAGCCCUUGUCGAGACCUUUGUCAGCGACAGGGCUCCAGCAGCUUCUAGAGGCCUACAUCGCAGUUUGGAUGGCAGGGGAUGACAUCGUGAGCGUGCUUGGGAACAACAAGGAGUUGGCACAGGUUUUCCCUCACUGGGAUCAGCUGCUCAAGUUCGUAGCGGGCCAGAUCUCGGCGCUGGACUUCGAGCGGCAAAAGCGGCCGCAGAGCGCGCCGCGCUGGGGAGGGAACUUCUUCCAACGCCGCUACUCCUUCGAAGAUGCACAUUCAGUGGUAGGAGGAAUUACCAGCUCCUUCGCAUCCUUUUGGGAGUCUGAGUGCAGAGCCAUGAAGCAGAAGCUGGUGACCUUGGAUCGGAAGAGAACGGGCCGCGUGCCUCUGUCCAAGUUCUACGGGAAGUCCAUCACUGACGCCGAGUGGCGCUUUGGGGAGUCUGAGUCGUACCUGCGAGAGCUUGGGGCGUUGGAUGAGACGAGCUGGCUUGGAAAGCAGGUGAUCAUCCCCAACUACAUCCAGGGAGCUUCAAACUGCAUUGUCACUGCUUCGCACUACUCCAUUUGCUGCAUCAACGAGUGCGAGCCCAUCAUGGCCGAGAUCGAGGCGGCGGUGGUGCAACCCAUGGCCGACGUGGAGGAACUGCUGUCGCUCGUGGGGAACAUGACGGCGCUGACCACCCUGGAGGAUGAGGUCGAUGUGCAGUUGGAUCAAUUUAUGGUGGACCAGCUCCGCGGCAUUGCCAAGGAGCAUGGUGGUAAGGUCCCGAUCCACGGCCGGCUCUUUGCUCAAUGGUUGCACUAUGUCUUCCCAAGGGACUGCGCCUUCCCCCACAAGUCGGGCUCCGCACAGUCCUUGUCCCCCACCCAAUUUGGGGAUGGAUACCUGGCCUCCGAUGACGAGAUGGAAGCCCACGCGAAGGAUACCCGGGCAGAGAUCCCAUUGGCGACAAUGAAGAGAGAAGAGCUUCAAUGGAUGUCCCAAUGGAGCGAAGACGAGGAGCUUUUCGCAAGCUACGACCACCUGAGCCGCUCAAGCCCGGGCGGCUCCCGGACCUUCGUGGCGCUGGGCUUCGGGCUCUUCAUGGUGGCGGUGCUCAUCGGUGUGGUGAGCUUCAACCGCAGCAAGGCCACUCACCAGUUCCUGCCCGUGAAUGAUGGCAAGAUCCAUUGUGUUUGAGAUCCGCAUGGAGAACACACGAUGGAAGUUGCCCUGAGACGGAGACGAUGAGGCCGGGAGCACAAUCACGCUACGUCAGGGGGGCGAAUAAAGGGGGUUGGCCCUUUCGGAGUUCAAGAUGUUCAGAUUUGGAUGCGGAUCCACCAGAGCCAACCCUCUCUCAGAGCAGUAGUUCGUCGAGAUAUGCUUGAUAAUUGACUGCUGAAAAGCAGCACAGCGCGAGAGAGUCGCAGAAAAGGAGUGUGUAAGCAAGUCGAUUCCUUUUGCACCACAUCCUCUUCUACUCCUUCUGUGCUUCCAUUUUUCAGGACUUAGUGCAUUUUAAGCUUUGGUCAGGGAAGACAGUG